AUGGCUGAAGGCUUCCGCACCGAGUUUAGUCCUGCCGAGGACCGCAAGUACCUCCCCCCAUACUUGCAAGACACGCCCGAGACCACGACCGAGGUUGAAUGCCCCGUCCAGGGAUACCUGCCGAGCUGGGUGCAUGGUAGCCUGGUCAGAGUUGGUUGUGGCCAGUACAUCAUCCCUACCUCCGACGAUGGGUCUACCAAGCCUGUCGUUCUGCAGCACUGGUUCGAUGGCCUCAACACGCUGCAUAAGUUCCGCAUUGAGAACGGCAAGGUGCACUACAUGAGCAGAAGCACCACCAAAGGCGUUCUUGAGCGUGUCAAGCAGAUAGGAAAGUUCGACAGUCCGACCAUCGGCGCCAGCCCUAACCAAACACUCGGCCCGAUUGACCCCUGUUCCACACGUCUGGGCGCUCAGCAAUCGGUAUUUACCCAGUCAUCCGAUGAAGCAUUUGAGGCGUUCCUCCCGCCAGAUGCCGUCAACAUUAACAUCACCCCGCGCAGAGGGUAUGCACUUAUCAUCGGCACCGACUUCAACAUGCUCCAAGUCUGCGAUGCAAAAAGCCUCGAGCCCAAGCGGCUGUUCACCUACGCUGUAAUUGACGAAGCGCUACAGGGAGCUGGAAUCUGUGCGCAUCAGGGCAAGGACCGCAAGCGUGGCACGCAGUACAACUAUGUCAUUGACAAAACUGGCACAACAUACGUGUUUGGCAUCGACACCACAUCUAGACCGUCGAAGCUUCUCUGGAAAACGCCGAUUUUCCGUGGGGCAACGUAUAUCCACCAUAUCGGGGUCUCGCAGCAGUAUGUGGUCUUUGUCCGACAGCCUAUUGCAUUGGAUCCUACCAAGAGCAGCACGUCUAUGGCGGAGAUGUGGAACAUUGAUCAGAAGGGAGAUACUGAAUUCUACCUCAUUGAUAAGGAUUCCGGCAAGCAUGUCGCUACCUACCGCAUUCCUGGCUUCCUGUAUUUCCACAUGGCCAAUGCCUAUGACUUCAAAGACGCCAACGGCAAAGUGACGGUCCACGUAGACAUCUGCAGCUACUCCACAAAACACGUUCCGGUAUUCGAGUACAGCAUGUCCAACAUCCUUGACCCGCUCACCGCGUUUAGCAACGGAACGCUGGUCCGAUAUGAGCUCGAGGAUGUCUAUGGCACGCUUGAUCCUACGGAGAUCCGCCGCGGCACUGUCCGCCAGUCGAUCUCCUGCGACCUCGAACUCCCACGCAUCCGCAAGGACCGAUCCUCGGUUCCCGGGUACAGAUACGUGUGGGGAGCGUCUGAUCUCGGCGGCGACAGCCCGGGGACGCAGAUCCCCGUUGGGCGACUUGGUAAUGGCGUCGGGGUGGCGUCACGCGCGUUCCUUGGGCACCUGGUCAAGGCUGAUUGGAAAACGGGCAAGGUCGUACAUUUGCACCCUACCGAUGGCGACAGCUGCCCCUGCGAACCUAUCUUCGUUGAGCGGCCCGGGUCGACAGAGGAGGACGAUGGAGUUGUCCUGACGAUUGUCUGCAACCGGGAUGGCACUAAGAGCGUCCUGGUUGUCCUUGAUGGCCAAACGAUGAAGGAGAUUGCAAGAGCGGAUAUGCCGCAGGUGUACGGUAUCGGGUUCCACGGUACUUUCAUCGAAGCCGGUAGGUAG